UUUCAGAGAUCAUGUACGAUCCAUCAUCCAGUGCUAAUAUCAAUGAAGCGACAGUUGACCAUUUUUCGUUGGAUUGGACAAUAGAUUUUUUUAAAUUUCAGAUAUCUGGAAGUGUUGUUUUAUCGAUACAUAUCAUCAAACCAACUGAUAAAAUUAUAUUAGAUAGUCAAUCGUUGGAAGUAGCAAGUAUUAAAGCGGAUAAUGAAAUCGUCAACUACCGCGUGGAAAAUGCUGGCAUUUUAGGUGAAAAAAUUAUAAUCGAUGUGGGUAAACGAAAAGAUGGAGACAAAUUUAAUCUCAGCGUCAUCUAUAAUACGGGUGAAAAAUGCUCAGCGUUGCAGUUUUUGAAAGCCGAACAAACAGUCACAAAAGCGAAACCUUAUUUAUUCAGUCAAUGCCAGCCCAUACAUGCUCGUUCAAUAGUACCAUGCAUGGAUACACCUUCCGUGAAACAGACCUACGAUGCCAUGGUAGCUGUCCCCAGUGAUUUGAUGUGUUUGAUGAGUGCAGUUGCCAUAGGCCAACCGCAAGAAGUUGGAAAAUUAAAGAAGUAUUCAUUCAAGCAAUCAAUACGAAUACCUUCCUAUCUUUUGGCUAUUGUUGUCGGAUUAAUGGAGAAACGAGAUUUGAGCAUACGCUGUGCAAUUUGGGCUGAACCGACAGUAAUCGAUAAAGCGUUUUAUGAAUUUGGUGAAACGGAAAAAAUCCUAAAAACUGCUGAAAAUUUAAUCGGAAAAUAUGAAUGGGGAAGGUAUGAUUUGGUUGUGCUUCCAUCGUCAUUUCCAUUUGGUGGCAUGGAGAAUCCGUGUUUAACAUUUGUAACACCGACAUUAUUAGCUGGUGAUCGAUCGGCAGCUUAUGUGAUAGCUCAUGAAAUUUCACACAGCUGGACAGGAAAUUUAGUCAGCAACGCUAAUUGGGAACACUUUUGGCUAAACGAAGGCUUCACUACAUUCUUGGAACGUAAAAUAGUAGGAGAACUUGAAGGAGAAAAAGAACGACAGUUUCAGGCUCAAUGUGGUUGGGAAGAAGGUUUGGUGAGUGCUGUUAAAGAACAGUAUUCCGAUGACCAUCCACUUACAAAAUUAAUACCGGAUUUGCAAAAUAGAGAUCCCGAUGAUGCAUAUUCAUUGAUCCCGUACGAAAAGGGAUCGGCUCUUCUCAUGGUUCUUGAACAAAAACUUGGUAUAACUCAGUUCGGUGGAUUCCUGAAGAAGUAUAUUGAGAAGUUUGCUCAGAAAUCAAUAGUAACUGAUGAUUGGAAAGCUUUCUUAUAUCAGUAUUUCUUAGAUAAGAAGAAUAUACUUGAUGCUAUUGAUUGGGAUAAUUGUUUAUAUGAUACAGGAAUUCCCAAGAUAAAACCGCUAUUUGAUAAUACAGCUAUGCGUGAAGUCGUCGCAUUGGCAGAGGAAUGGGCGAAGAUGAAAGAUUCUGAAAUAAUGAAUAUCGAUAAUUCGAAAUAUCUCUCUCUUUCUACAUUACAGAAAGAGAAAGUGUUGAGUCAUUUACGAUUGGCAAAAGUGCCACCACUUUCACAUGCAAAAUUGGCACGUCUGGAUGAGGUGAAUCAAUUCUCGAAAACCGGAAAUUGUGAUAUUUUAUCGAGUUGGAUUCAAUUAUGUUUAAAAAAUCACUGGAAAGACAUCAUACCAGUUGCUUUCGACUUUGUCACACAACAAGGUCGAAUCAAGUAUGUAAGACCGAUUUACAGGGAUCUGUUCCUUUGGUCAGAAAGUGCUGGUCGUGCAAUUGAGUUAUUCAUGAAAAACGCACCAUCGAUGCAUCCAAUUACAGUAUCAGUCGUGGGAAAAUUAAUCCCGAAGUGAAUCUCAUCUGAUGGAAAAAACAAAAAUAUCGUAACAGUUCCUUCCAUUUUUUAUUUUAUAUCAUUUUUUCAUAAC